GGUUUUGCGGCAAUCCUAUUGUAGAGAUACUAAAUCCAGACACAGUUUCAACUGUCUGGCCAGCAGACGACUUCGGGGUGAUCAAAAAGCCUCCUCUCUUCACCCUUGAGCUUCUCAAUGUAGAAGGAGGAAAGUUUGAUUAUAAUAUAGCUUUAAAAAGAUUUGAGGAUGUUAUAUGUCGAGCUUUCGAUGCUGCGGUUCUAUCACUGCAAGCUAUUCCCACAGUGGAGCCAGCCAUCAUGGAAAAGCUCUUCUGGAGCAAAAUACCGUCAAUAAGUGCUGUGAAUCUACUCGAACCGAAGGUUCAAAAGCUAAGAUCGAGAGUAGAGGUUCGUUGCAGACUGCUGUGCAAAAGGCGAUCAAUAUGGCAAAAACAUAUCUUGACAAGUACAGAGUUCACGAACCGUUACUUCAGCUGGAGAUACCAAAGUAUAAAACGGAGCUCGAAGGAAGGAAGCCUCUACUAAAAGAUCUGCUCGUGGAAGCUCGAACUCAUAGGGUGGACCAGGAGGAGUUAGAAACCAGGAUACCAUCGAAUAUUGCCUUCGGUCCAUUUACAAUUUCAUGCAAGAAAGUGCGCACUGUUCUUGUAACAAAGAAGUCCCAACUAACUGAGCUAGUGUUUGGUUUGAUAACUGGAACGCCAAGGCAAAUGGCUCAAACUGUUUCCGGAAAGUUUGAGGAAAAGGAAAAACAGCUAAGAAUCAAGACUAAGACACCAGAAGAAGUCGCUUCUCAGCGUGAAUUUAUAGCCACACUCCCCAUGAAGAUUACGGAGCUCAAAGGAGAAAUUGAUCAAACCGAGGUGUAUUACAAUGCACUUGAUGAGCUGAGCUACAACCUUUCCGACAGCGAUUUUGCCUUGAGGUGGACGUGCCAGGGGUGGCCAUCAAGGCUCGAGAAACAGAUAGAGAAAACUGAGAAAACGUUAGCAACCGAUAUGGAACGCUACCAGCGAGAGAUGGAAGAGCAGCAAAUUGCUUUUCUUGGCACCAUGGAUACCUUGGAAUCAGUUGUUGGAGGGUUUAAGCAGUAUGAAGAUCUUGCAGAGACAGAUAAUGUUUCGGCUGAAGCUCGUAAGAUUCAUGCACAACUCAAAAAAGCUGAGGAGCUGUCACGCCUCUUUAAUUCCAGAGAGCUUUUGUUUGGGGUACCGACAACUGAUUACAGCCGUGUGAGAAAAACGGUGGAGGCAUUUGAACCAUUCCACUACCUUUGGACUUCAGCUGAUGAUUGGAAACGAAGCUACCAAAGCUGGAUGAAUGAUGAGUUCACAACACUCGAUUCUGAUCAUGUUGAAAGAAGUGUCACCGGCUGGUGGAAAGGCCUGUUCAAAACCAACCGUGUUUUUACUCAGAAGGAACUUCCCAAAUGUGCAUCGAACUGUGAGGAGAUUCGUGGUCAGGUUGGGGAAUUCAGACCCUAUGUUCCUUUGAUACAAGCACUCCGCACUCCCGGAAUGAGAGACCGUCAUUGGGAUCAACUUUCCGCAGAGCUUAAGAUGGAUUUGCAUAUGAAACCGGAUUUCAAUCUGAAGAAAGGCAUUGCCAUGGGCCUCCUUGAUCAUCUGGAGGUUAUACAGCAAGUUGCAGAUGUUGCUAGCAAAGAAUACGGAAUCGAGGUUGCUUUGGAAAAGAUGGAAGAAGAUUGGAAGGAGGCAUACUUGCAGGUCAUGGAGUAUAAAGAAACUGGCACGUACAUUGUCAAAGUUGACGAGUCGAUAUUGCAGCAACUUGACGACCAUAUUGCCAUGAGCCAGUCCAUGAGCUUUUCUCCUUUCAAGAAACCAUUUGAAGAGAAAAUUGCAAAGUGGGAAGCUCAGCUUGUACUCAUGUCUGACCUUCUCGACGAAUGGUUUGCACUGCAAAGACAAUGGAUGUACUUGGAACCUAUUUUCAGCAGUCCGGACAUUCAGACACAGCUUCCUAUUGAGAGUAAGAGAUUCAACACUGUCAACACAAUCUGGCGAAAAGCUCUUGCUCAAGCGAAACAAACGCCUCACAUGCUUACAAUGUGCACGAGCAAGAAGCUGUGUGAACAAUUUAAGGAUUCUAACAAGUUGAUUGAUCUCGUCCAAAAGGGCCUUGCUGAUUAUUUGGAGACAAAGCGUUUAGCAUUUAGUCGAUUCUUUUUUCUUUCCAAUGAUGAGCUCCUCCAAAUACUAUCACAGGCAAAGAAUCCUUUGGCUGUUCAGCCGCAUUUGCGCAAAUGUUUCGAAGCCAUUGCGGAGCUUGACUUUAAGAAGGACAUGGAAAUAACAGCCAUGAACUCCGGCGAAGGGGAAAAGGUUCCGUUUGCAACCACGAUGCAUCCUCUUGGAAAUGUAGAGGUAUGGCUUUCUGAAGUGGAGAAGAGGAUGAAAGAAAGUAUACAUGCUCAGAUCCGUCUUUCGCUUGCUGCGUAUAAAACAACUGCAAGAACUGACUGGGUUCAAGUAUGGCCCGGCCAAGUAGUUCUCUGUGGAAGCUCAUUCUAUUGGACGCAACAAGUGGAAAAUGCUAUCAACGAAAAUAAUUUACAAGAUUAUUUCACGAAUAUACAGGUUGAGCAAUUGAUGGCUUUAACGGAUCUUGUGCGAAAACCUCUGUCAGCACUUGCCCGAUUGACCCUCGGGGCUCUUAUUGUCAUUGAUGUUCAUGCUCGUGAUGUCACUCAAAAGCUCAUUGACGAGAACGUGAAAGCAGUGACAGAUUUUGAAUGGGUGAGCCAGCUCCGUUAUUACUGGGAAAAUGAGGGAGUUUAUGUGAAGAUGGUCCAAGCAUCGCUUCCAUAUGGCUAUGAAUAUCUGGGAAACACUCCACGGCUUGUUAUAACGCCUCUAACAGAUAGGUGUUACAUGACCCUUAUGGGAGCUUUGCAUUUGAAUCUGGGUGGAGCUCCUGCUGGUCCUGCCGGAACUGGAAAGACUGAGACGACAAAAGAUCUUGCGAAGGCGCUAGCAAAGCAGUGUGUAGUUUUCAACUGCUCGGAUGGUCUUGACUACCUGGCUAUGGGAAAGUUUUUCAAAGGACUUGCUAGCAGUGGAGCAUGGGCAUGUUUUGAUGAAUUCAAUCGGAUUGAUUUGGAAGUGCUCUCCGUGGUUGCUCAGCAGAUUUUAACUAUUCAACUGGCUAUCCAACAAAAGUUAAAGCGUUUUAUUUUCGAAGAUACGGAGAUUUCGCUCGAUCCAUCAUGUUCUGUUUACAUCACUAUGAACCCCGGAUACGCCGGACGCUCGGAGCUACCAGACAAUCUUAAGGCUCUUUUCAGGCCCUGCGCAAUGAUGGUUCCCAAUUACGAACUGAUUGGCGAAAUCAGUCUAUUUUCGUUUGGAUUUCGUCGCGCCAAAAAUCUUGCCAGAAAGAUGGUUGCCACGUUCAAACUUUGCUCUGAGCAAUUAUCUUCACAGGACCACUAUGACUACGGAAUGAGAGCAGUGAAAAGUGUUAUUGUCGCUGCUGGUAAUCUGAAGCGAGCUUAUCCCGAUGAAGACGAGGACGUACUGCUUCUUUGCGGCCUACGUGAUGUCAAUGUUCCCAAGUUUCUUAGCCAGGAUCUGCCCCUGUUUGCCGGUAUCAUUACGGAUUUGUUUCCGGGAGUAGAGCCACCGGAAAUAUCGUACGUGGAUCUUCUUGAUGCUUUGGCAAGAGCAUCCGUGGAGCUGAAUAUUCAACCAGUCCCUGCCUUUACAAACAAGGUUAUUCAACUCUAUGAAACAACCAUAGUGAGGCACGGGCUGAUGUUGGUGGGACCAACUGGAGCCGGCAAGACUAUGUGUUAUCGUUCUCUCUCCAUGGCUAUGACAACACUUGAGAAAGAAGGCUCCGUGAAAUAUAAGAAGGUGCAAAUAGUCUGUCUGAAUCCCAAAUCCAUCACAAUGGGUCAGCUUUAUGGUGAUUUUGACGAAAACACUCACGAGUGGACUGAUGGCGUUUUAGCAUGUUACAUGCGCGCUUUGGCAGAAGAACCAUCACAAGAUAAAAAAUGGCUUAUGUUUGACGGUCCAGUGGAUGCAGUCUGGAUAGAAAACAUGAACACUGUUCUUGACGACAACAAGAAGCUGUGUCUCGUCAGUGGAGAGAUUAUUCAACUGACUUCUACUAUGACGAUGAUGUUUGAGGUGGAAGACUUGGCGGUGGCCUCACCGGCCACAGUUAGCAGAUGCGGGAUGAUUUAUAUGGAGCCUACUGCCAGGGGAUUUGACCCUCUUAUAGUCUCAUGGCUCCAGCGACUGUCCCCGGCUAUCAAAGCUCACAGUGAAAAGCUCACUCUUUUGUUCAACGAGGUUGCCUGUCACGCGAUUAAGUACACAAAGAAGAAUCUCAAGCAGACUGUAUUGACGACGGAAGACAAUCUUGUGUUGAGCCUGUUCAAUGUUAUGGACAGCAUGAUGGCCCCCUAUGUCAAGGAUAUCGGUCAGGAUCUAAAUGAUGAGGAAAAGGAACGCUUGCCACAGAUUAUCGAGCCUCUAUUUAUCUUCUCUAUUGUCUGGUCCAUUGGAGUUACGUGCGAUAACACCGGACGAAUGAAGUUCGAUAACCAGCUACGGGCUUUGCUUGGGCCGCUGGCGUUAGAAAAGCCUCCUCCAGCCGACAUGGACGUCUUUUCUUAUCACUUCAACCAUCUGACUAUGGAGUGGUUGGAUUGGAUGCAGACCAUUCCGAAGUAUGUCUGUAACCCAGACAAGCCGUUUUCGGAGCUCAUUGUCCCGACAGUGGAUUCGGUUCGAUCCAAGUUUGUAAUCAGUACGCUCUUGAAGAUCGGGAAGCACGUUUUGUGUGUCGGAGAGACCGGGACGGGCAAGACUCUGGUCAUGCAAGAUCAGUUACUGAAUCACAUGGACGCUGCUUUCAUCCCCAUUUUCGUCAACUUUUCUGCAAGAACAAGUGCCAACCAGACACAGGAUUUGAUAGACUCCAAGACCGAGAAGAGGCGGAAGGGAGUUUUCGGUCCCCCCAUCAACAAGAAGUACAUUAUCUUCGUGGAUGAUGUCAACAUGCCACAGAGAGAGAAGUACUUCGCGCAGCCUCCAAUCGAGAUACUUCGUCAGUGGAUGGAUCACAAGGGAUGGUAUGACAGGAAGCCACCUUGCGCCUUUAGAACUCUGAUCGAGAUACAGUUUGUUGGCUGCAUGGGGCCGCCGGGAGGAGGACGGAAUCCCGUCACUUUCAGGUUUCUACGGCAUUUUAACUUUCUGUCCUUCAACGACAUGUCUGACGAGAGCUUGGCGAUGAUUUUCUCCACCAUCUUGGGAGCGACUUUUACGCAAAAGUUCCAAGAAGAUGUGCAUAGAGCCGCAACUCCGAUUGUUCUCGCCAGCAUUGAUGUGUACAACACUAUACGCCAGGAAUUGUUGCCAACUCCUUCGAAGUCUCAUUACACUUUCAACCUGAGAGAUCUUAGUAAGACCAUACAAGGUGUUCUUCGCGCCGAUCCGAAUCAGAGCAAGAGCUUCAACUCCAUGAUUACUAUCUGGCUUCAUGAGGCCAUGCGUGUUUUUCAGGAUCGCCUCAUCAAUGACGAGGAUCGGACAUGGUUUUCCAAUUUGCUUGCAAAUCUUAUCCGUAAACACUUCGACCUUGAAUGGAACGAAGUUGUAAGGCGAGAACGUCUGAUGUUUGGGGAUUUCCUAGUGCCCGGUGCAGAACCAAAAAUUUACGAGGAGAUCACUGACCUCGUGAAACUACCAUCUGUUGUGGAAAAUUACUUGGAGGAGUACAAUAAUGUUAGCAACGCCCCAAUGAAGCUGGUUCUAUUUCUCGACGCUAUAGAACAUAUUUCAAGAGUGUGCAGAGUCAUCCGUCUGCCACUUGGAAAUGCGCUGCUGCUUGGGGUUGGAGGCAGCGGGAGGCAGAGUCUAACAAAGCUGGCGACUUUCAUGGAGGACUUUGAGUUGUUCCAGAUUGAGAUUGCAAAAGGCUAUGGCAACACAGAAUGGAGAGAUGACCUGAAAAGAGUUCUUAUGAAAGCUGGCGUUGACGACAAAGAAACAACGUUCCUUUUCUCUGACACACAGAUCCUAACGGAAUCUUUUCUUGAAGAUAUCAACAAUAUCCUGAACUCUGGCGAGGUGCCAAACCUAUGGAAAAAUGAGGAUAUGGAUCUUAUCUCAAAUGCAAUGCGGCCUAUUCUCUUGUCCCUGGGGCUUCCGGCCACGAAGCUUGCACUUUAUACGUUAUUUUUGAAGCGCGUGCGGCGAAAUCUCCAUCUUGUCAUCUGCAUGAGUCCCAUAGGAGACGCAUUUCGGACCCGGCUUCGCAUGUUCCCCUCUCUUGUCAACUGCUGUACCAUCGACUGGUUUCGUGAAUGGCCUGAAGAGGCCCUUCAGUCGGUCGCGAGGAACUUUUUGAAUGCUACUCAAAUGCUGGACAAUGAACAGAUUGCGAAGAUAGUUACAGUCUGUGUGUAUAUUCAUCAAUCUGUGGAGAGGCGUUCAAAAGAGUUCUAUGAGGAACUACGUCGGUACAACUACGUGACACCAACGAGCUACCUCGAACUUCUCUCGACAUACAUCAAGCUUCUGGAGGAGAAGCGCGACGAACUUGAGGGACUUCGAUCGAGGCUGGAGAUAGGAUUGGACAAGCUGCUGACUACGGCAGCUGAUGUUGAAGUCAUGCAAAAGGAGCUGGUUGCUUUGCAGCCUAUUCUCGAAGCAACUGCGAAAGAAGCUGAUGAAAUGAUGGUUGCCAUCGGGCAAGAUAAGAAAGAUGCAGAUGUUACGAAGCAAGCGGUGUCUCAACAAGAAGCAGACGCCAAUGCCCAAGCUGCUGACGCCAAAGCAAUUGCUGACAGUGCACAAAACGACCUUGAUCAGGCCAUGCCUGCACUGGAGUCCGCCUUGUCCGCUUUGAAAGCUCUCACGAAGAAUGAUCUUGUCGAAGUCAAGUCCUUGCGAAACCCACCAGAAGGAGUUAAGCUUGUGAUGGAAGCCACUUGUAUCAUGUUUGUCGUGCCACCGAAGAUGGUCAAUGAUCCCAACAGACUUGGAAAGAAAAUACCCGACUAUUGGGAUCCCAGCACAAAGUUACUGACAGACCCUCAGAAGUUUUUAGACUCUCUAUUGCAGUUUGACAGAGAGAAUAUACAAGAGGCUACGAUUCAGAAAAUUGAACCAUAUCUUGCACUGGAAACAUUCACGCCAGAACAGGUCGCUAGAGUUUCAAAGGCUUGCACAUCAAUAUGUAUGUGGGUGCGAGCAAUGCACCAGUAUUAUCAGGUGCUUAAGAUAGUCCGUCCGAAGCGGGAGCAACUUGCAGUAGCUCAAGCGUUACUUGAUGAAACGAUGGGAAAACUCCAGGCGGCACAGGCUAAGCUAAAAGAGGUGGAAGAAAAAAUAGCUAGGUUGGAAGCACAGCUGAAUGCUGCAAUAAAGAAGAAGGAAGACCUUGCCAAGCAAAAAAGCGAUUGCGAGAAAAAAAUGGAGCGUGCUUCAAAACUGAUCGGAGGCUUGGGUGGUGAAAGGAAGAGGUGGAACGAGACUAUUAUAAACCUCACCGAUGACAUGGAAAACAUUGUUGGUGAUGUUGCUGUUGCCGCUGGAGCAAUUGCCUAUACAGGGCCGUUUACCCCCCAAUACAGGCUACGUCUCAAUCAGGAAUGGGUAAAGCUGUUGCAAACGCUGCAACUGCCACAUACGCGUGGUGUUACUCUUCAAGCUGUGCUUAAAGACCCCGUGAAGAUGCGAGCUUGGAAUAUUGCUGGGCUACCUAGUGACUCUCUAAGUGAGGACAACGGCAUUAUUGUCUUCAAAGCGCGACGCUGGCCUCUCAUGAUUGAUCCACAGGGUCAAGCAAACAAAUGGGUGAAAAACAUGUACAGAGAAACUGGUUUGGACGUGAUUAAACUUAGCGAAAGGGAUUACCUACGGACUCUUGAAAAUGCUGUCCGGUUUGGCAGAGUGGUGCUGCUAGAAAACAUCUGGGAAACAUUAGAGCCAGCAUUGGAACCUCUUCUGCUAAGGUUGACUUUCAAGCAGGGAGGAACAGAAGUCAUUAAGAUAGGCGACAAUCUUAUUCCAUACCAUAAAGAUUUCCGGUUUUAUAUGACAACAAAGCUUCGAAAUCCUCACUAUGCACCGGAGGUGUGCGUGAAGGUAACACUGCUUAAUUUUUUCGUGACUAUGGAGGGUCUUGAGGAUCAGCUUCUGGGUCAAGUUGUUACCAAGGAAAGGCCUGAUCUUGCUGAAAUGAAGAACCAGCUUGUCGUCUCGAAUGCCAACAUGAAGCGCGAGCUUAAGGAAAUUGAGUCCAAAAUAUUGUUUCUUCUAUCAAAUGCUCAGGGUGACAUAUUAGAGGAUGAAGUACUUAUAAAUACUUUAGCACAGUCCAAGGUAACUUCGGAUGAAAUCACCAUUAAGGUUGCUGAAGCCGAGAAGACAGAAAUUGCCAUUGACGAGACACGUGAAGUGUAUCGCAAAGUGGCAACAAGGGCCUCUAUUCUAUUUUUCUGUAUUUCGGACUUGGCCAUUGUGGAUCCCAUGUAUCAGUACAGUCUUGCUUGGUUCAUCAACUUAUUUGGUCGAGCUAUUGAAAGUGCUGCGCAAGCUUCCAUCAUUGACAAGCGAAUUGAGAAUUUAAACGAAUACUUCACGUAUUCCUUGUACGUGAAUAUCUGUCGGUCGCUUUUCGAAAAGCACAAGCUCAUGUUUUCGUUCCUUCUUUGCAUCAAGAUUAUGCAGGCAUGGAAUUUAUUUGAUCCCGCCGAGUGGCGGUUUCUACUGGCUGGUGCUGCCAGUUCAAGUGCACUCAGUCCAAAUCCAGCACCUUCAUGGCUUACUGACAAGUCCUGGAUUGAAAUUGCCAACCUUAGCAAGCUUCCAAACUACCAGGGCCUUGAUAAACACGUGGCCGAGAACGUAGGACACUAUAGAAAGUAUUUUGACAGCCCGGAAGCUCAUCGAGAGCCCCUGGCUGGUGAAUGGGACACAAAGCUCAGCAUGCUCCAAAAGUUGCUGAUACUUCGAUGCCUUCGGGUAGACAAGGCUCUUCUCGGUGUUCAAGACUUCGUUGCUGCAACAAUGGGACAACGAUUCAUAGAGCCGCCAGCAUUUGAUCUGGGUGCAUGUUAUAAGGAUGGAUCCAACUCAUCACCGCUUAUAUUCGUUCUCUCAGCAGGUGCAGAUCCUAUGGCAGAUCUACUGAAGCUUGCUGAUGAACUGAGAUUUACCAAGAAGUUCGAAAAGGUGUCUUUGGGCCAAGGACAAGGUCCCAAGGCAGAAAAGUUGCUAGAGCUUGGUAUGGAACGAGGAAUGUGGGUGUGCUUACAGAAUUGCCACUUGUCCCAGUCAUGGAUGCCAGCUUUGGAGCGUAUUGUGGACAAUAUUGAUCCAGAGAAGGUUCACAAGGAUUUCCGGCUGUGGCUGACAAGCAUGCCCAGUCCAGACUUUCCUGUUUCUAUCCUUCAAAAUGGUGUAAAGAUGACGCUGGAACCACCCAAGGGAUUGAAAUCCAAUCUUGCGAGGUCCUACUUGCGUUUCACCGACAAGAUCUUGAGCGACUGCGCAAAACCAGACGAGUGGAAGAAGCUUAUUUUUGCAAGCUGCUUGUUCCAUGCUGUCAUUCAAGAGAGACGCAAGUUCGGACCACUUGGCUGGAACAUCCGGUACGAGUUUACUGACGGAGAUUUGAGUGUAUGCCAAACUCAGAUCAGAAUGUUUUUGAACGACUAUCAGGAAAUCCCAUACAAGGUCAUUCGAUUCUUGUGUGGAGAAAUCAACUAUGGAGGACGAGUUACAGACGACAAAGACAGGAGGCUCAUCAACAAUCUUCUUUUGAUUUUUAUCAAUCCCAAUGUGGUAGAAACAUCUCAAUACUUCUUCAGUCCAUCGGGUGUAUUUCGAGUUCCAGAAGCCUCUAACGUGAAUCAGUUCCUGGCUUACAUCAAAGAGCUACCACUUGCACCAAAGCCAGAAAUCUUUGGACUUCACGAGAACGCGGACAUCACUUGCGACCAGAACGAGUCGUACGACCUCUUCAACACCGUGCUCAUGCUGCAACCAAGGGAGCAGAGCUCCGGAGGAGGGGGCUUGUCCCGGGAAGAGAUGAUCGAGAAGUCGUGCCGUGACAUUCUGGAGAAGUUGCCUUCGGUGUUUGACGUGGAGGCGGUCCUGCAGUUGUAUCCCACCAUGUAUAGCGAGAGUAUGAACACCGUGCUGACGCAGGAGUGCAUUCGGUACAAUGGUCUUCUCUCGGUCAUGAAGACAUCGCUCAAUGACGCUCUCAAGGCUCUCAUAGGUCUCGUGGUCAUGUCCAUGGAACUUGAGAUGGUGUGCUCUAGCAUCUUCAAUAACCAGGUGCCUGAAAUGUGGGCUGGUAAGGCUUAUCCUUCGUUGAAACCUCUUUCGGCUUGGGUGGCUGAUCUAUUGGAGCGAACAAAUUUCAUCAGUACAUGGAUAAGGAACGGUGCUCCUCCCGUGUUUUGGAUUUCAGGAUUUUUCUUCCCUCAGGCCUUCCUGACGGGAACACUGCAAAACUUUGCGAGAAAGUACAGAUACCCCAUCGAUACCGUGGGCUUCGACUUCGUGAUCAUUGACGACAGAACUUACGACACCAUCAAGCAGCCCCCGGACGAUGGCUGCUACAUCCGGGGCCUAUACCUCGAGGGAUGCCGGUGGAACUACGAGCAGCACGUCCUGGACGAAUCCAGGCCCAAGGAGUUGUACACGGAGCUCCCGGUGGUGUGGCUCAAGCCUCUCCAGUUUAGGAAGGCUCCCACGGAAGGCAUCUACGAGUGCCCGGUUUACAAGACACUGGUUCGCGCAGGAACACUAUCGACUACUGGUCACUCGACAAACUUUGUCAUGUAUAUAGAGCUGCCUUCCAAGGAAGAUCAAUCACACUGGAUAAACAGGGGUGUUGGUCUCUUCACGUCACUGGCUUAUUAGUUUUGUAGAAUGGUAGAAGCGAGAGUAGUGAACGAGGAGUGAGAGUGAGAUGACCAACGGUGUAAGUGUCAAGUGAUUGCUCUC